AUGUAUCAAAAUAAUAAUAAUAGUUAUAAUGGUUAUAUAAAUGAUAAUAGUAAUGGUGGUGGUAGUAGUAGUCAUUAUUCGACAAGCUCUUCAUCGAAUGUUAGUACACCCAAUACAAUAGAGGAACUCUACAAAGUUGCAAACAAGUUGCUUUUCAAAAUUGGUAGUGAUUUAGAGACAAUAGAGAUGGGUGUUGAUACCACUGUCAUAACACAACAGAAACUAUCAGCAGACAUAAACCAACUUUCAAGAUUUGCUGAUCAAUUGGAUGGUAUGGUUUCAAAUGAAUCACCUGCUAAAAGAGAUAUUUGGAGAAUUAAGGUUAAAGAGAUGACCGAUGAAUGUAAAUCACUUAGAAAAUCAAUGGAGAUGUAUUUACAUAGAACCUAUAAGAAACAGAUUGAAGAUGAAGAGCGAUCAAAGUUAUUCUCUCGUAGAAAAGACAAUCAGAACUCUGCACUUGGAAACCUAAUGAAAGAGAAUGAUUUGUUGAAAGACAGCAAUUUGGUAAUGGAUGAACUAACUGAAUCUGGUACCAACAUUAUAUAUGCUCUAGCAAAUCAAAAUUCGAAAUUAAAAAGUGUACAUAAAAAGAUAUAUGAUAUUGCAAAUACAUUAGGAUUAUCUAGAAAUAUAAUGAAUAAGAUUAGGAGACGACAACACCAAGACAAGAUUAUUGUAUACGGUGGUAUGGUAGUAGUGUUAAUCUUUUUGGGAUUGAUGUAUUAUUAUUUCAGAGCAUAG